GAAGAGCGCUGCACCUCGCGAGCGAGAUUACGCUAUCCUUGCGGUUCGAAAACGCUUUUUGUCACCACGCUUCCGCCGCGUUAGCGAUACAUCCUCCGCGUACCUUUCCUCGGAGGCGAAAGGGAAAACCCGCACGAUUUUCGCCGGUUCCGUGUUACCCUUUCCGCGGGACGAAACGCGAGACCCAGUGAAAAGUGUAGUGAAAUUGUUUUGUUUUUGUGCGAUCAGACGAAACACGAGAGUUCGUGUUAUGGAACUCGGAUGUGUGCAUUGUGUUGGUUGACUUUAGAAACUGGAUUCUUAACUUGACUGGAAAGGCGGGAUCGAAUUAAAGGGUAGGUGGUAGGGUGGUGAAGGUGUUGACAAACGAACGUGCUCGCAUUGUGAAGUAAAUAAAGUUAGAGGACUCGAAUAACUUGGUUGCUUUAGUUCGCGAACGAGAACGUCCCCCGAGGAGUUUCAAAGAUGGAUAAUGGACUUUGGUGAAGGUUUUGCUUCUGGUUUCUCCCGAGGCUUCUCUUUGGUCACGUACGAGAAAAGAUCGAGCAUCGAGAGCUCCUCCACCGCAUCCGCGGCCAGAAGAAACUGCUCUGAGAUGGAUCAAGUAGAAAGAAGCAUUAAGUUCACUGUUUUCGUACCUUGAGAUCAUCCAUCAAAAGAAACGGGAGAGCAACAUCGGUGAAACAGCAGUUUCGGAGGAAGAUCCGGUUUAAAAAUCAACCUAGAAAAUUUCGGCUGUAAACAGUACGUGAACAAACACCAAUGAUACCUUUAACACGCAUAUCAGAGGAGAAGGAUUGCUUCCUGUACACGUGAUGGCAAGAAUGUCGAGGCAGCGGUACGUGAACCGCAGCAGCGAGAACAGAUAAGGAAGGGAGGAGCCACGAAUCGGGCAAUCAUGCGUAGUGUCAUGUGGCUCCUUCGGCUCCUAACGACUUGCUGCCUCGUUUACCUAUCAGCAUCCGACUCCCAUACAGAUCUACCCUUAAUAACGGAUUCAGUAUCAACGAAAUCGACGACGGCGGCAAAGCGAUCGGUACCGACGGACGCCCCCAUGCUGAAUUAUAUAUUUGAUGCGCACAGCACUUUGAACAAGCAUCAACAUUAUCACGAUCAUCGGUGGGGACCUCAUUUCGAAGGGGAGAGCAAGAAUAUGACUGUUCAAGCUGGUGGCAACGCCUUGUUGGACUGCAAGAUAUCGAUGCUGCUGGAUAAAACUAUAUCCUGGGUGAGGCGGCAGGAUAACGGUGAAAAGCUGAAUCUGCUGACGGUGGGUCACCGCACAUACGUGGGUGAUCCAAGGUAUAAAGUGAAGUUUCAGUACCCAGACAACUGGCGUCUACUGAUCGAACGUGUAAACAGUAGCGAUGAGGGCCAGUAUCAGUGUCAGGUCAGCACUCAUCCGCCCAAAUACAUUCACGUGAAUCUCCACAUAAAUGAACCGUCCGUCCAGAUAGUGGACGCCCUGGGUGAACCACUGAGGGACAAAUACUACGAAGCAGACAGCACCAUCGAGUUACUGUGUGUCGUGCGUGACAUAGCCAUGCAAGUGCAGUACAGCGUCGUUCAGUGGCUUCACGGCAACAGAGUUCUGAACUAUGACACGACGCGAGGUGGUAUCAGCGUGAAAACGAACCUAAUGGAAGAGGGGGCCAAUUCAACACUCAGCAUAGCGAGGGUGGGACCAGCUGACAGCGGAAACUACACGUGCCAUCUCACUACCAUGCCUAAUCAACCUGCCACCGUUCACGUGCACGUGCUGAACGGAGAAAGCUUAGCCGAGCUGCAUCACGGCUCGACGGAUGGCGUCGGGACGAACAGCGUCGCCAGGUCGUUGCUCCUCCUUCUAUCCAUACUUCUUGGUCGGAUGCAACAGAUGCUCAGAUGAAGGCCCGUUAUCUCCCGGACAAUUGCGAAAUAAGCAUCGUGCCGCUCACGUCGCGACGACGGACAUCGUCGCGACGCUGCGACACAAUACGGACUUUUAUAUUAUCGCUGGAAAAACGGACGUAAUGGUGUGGAUGUGUAAACACCGAAAAACAAGCGUGAGAGUGAGAAUGAGUGAAUAGAUGGAGGUUGAAGGAAGAAGACAGGAAAAAGAGGAUUGAAACGUUGUAGAAGGGUGGAUCGAAGGGAGGGGAGAGGUUGGCAGCACUGAUCCUGCAUUGUUCUUGGUUUCUGAUUGAAAACGACUCUUUCCGCCUCGCUAUACACGCCGGUUUCCGCUUCAAUGGUGAAUUCUCGUGUUAGUCGACUUCGUACCCUUGUUCUAAGAUUUUUUCAUCAAGAACACGGGAAUUUUUAGCAAUAAAUAAUGAUUAUCUUGUUUAACGA